GUGCCUGUGCAUGAGCCGCCGUGUGCUGUAGCUCCGGGCGCUCGCUGGCAAAAAGGUGCCAGGACAACCCCAGCUGCCCCAUCCCGCAGCCGGUGGCCCCGCCAGACCAUGGCAUGGGCGCAGGGGGAUCUGACGUCCUCGCUCUCCAUCAUCGUCGCCUUGGCUGCCUGCCUGUCUGCCACCACCAGCGAAGUGAACUUGCUGGACACGUCAACGAUCCCAGGGGACUGGGGCUGGCUGACUUAUCCCUCACACGGGUGGGAUUCGAUCAAUGAGAUGGAUGAGUUUUUCAGCCCUAUCCACACCUACCAGGUCUGUAAUGUCAUGACCCCCAACCAGAACAACUGGCUACGGACCAACUGGGUUCAACGGGACGGUGCGCGGCGGGUCUAUGCGGAGAUUAAAUUCACGCUGCGGGACUGUAACAGCAUGCCAGGUGUUUUGGGCACCUGCAAGGAGACUUUCAACCUCUACUACCUGGAGUCUGACCGUGACCUGGGCACCAGCACCCGGGAGAGCCAGUUUUUGAAGAUUGACACCAUUGCAGCUGAUGAGAGCUUCACCAAUGUAGACCUGGGUGUGAGGCGCCUGAAGCUGAACACGGAGGUGCGGGGCGUGGGGCCCUUGAGCAAGAGGGGGUUCUACUUGGCCUUCCAGGACAUAGGCGCUUGCAUCGCCAUCGUUUCAGUGCGGGUGUACUACAAGAAGUGCCCGGCGAUGGUGAGGAAUUUGGCGUCCUUCUCCGAGGCCGUGACUGGGGCAGACUCGUCCUCCUUGGUGGAAGUGCGAGGAGAGUGCGUAGGGCACUCGGAGGAGAGGGACACCCCCAAAAUGUACUGCAGUGCAGAAGGAGAAUGGUUGGUGCCCAUUGGGAAGUGCGUGUGCAGUGCUGGCUACGAGGAGCAGCGGGAUGCCUGCAUGGCCUGCCAGCUGGGAUUUUACAAGUCAGCCCCCGGGGACCAGCUGUGUGCCAAGUGCCCCUUGCACAGCCACUCGGAGAGCCGGGCAGCCCGCGUGUGCCGCUGCGACAGCAGCUUCUACCGGGCCGUGCAGGACCCCCCCUCGGCCGCCUGCACCCGUCCCCCCUCGGCUCCUGUCAACCUGGUCUCCAGCGUGAACGGCACCUCGGUGACGCUGGAGUGGGGGCCACCGCUGGACAAGGGUGGGCGCAGCGACAUCACCUACAACGUGCUGUGCCGGCGCUGCGGGGGGGACGUGGGGCAGUGCGAGGCCUGCGGCAGCGGCACCCGCUUCGUGCCCCAGCAGAUGAGCCUGGCGCAGGGCGCGCUGACCGUCACCAACCUCCUGGCGCACACCAACUACUCCUUCUGGGUGGAGGCCGUCAACGGAGUGUCGGACCUCAGCCUGGAGGCCAGGAGGGCUGCGGUCGCCAACAUCACCACAAACCAGGCAGCCCCGUCCCAGGUGGUGGCAGUCCGCCACGAGAGCGCAGGCCAGAACAGCGUCACCCUGCUGUGGCAAGAGCCCGACCAGCCCAACGGCAUCAUCCUGGAGUACGAGAUCAAGUACUACGAGAAGGACAAGGAAAUGCAGAGCUACUCGACCCUAAAAUCCAAGGGCACCACUGCCACCAUCCAGGGGCUCAAGCCCGCCACCCGCUACAUUUUCCAGGUCCGGGCUCGCACCUCUGCUGGCUGCGGGAGGUUCAGCCAGACCGUGGAGGUGGAAACGGGGAAACCAGUCUCUCUCCGGUAUGACACGAUGACAAUCGUCUGGAUCUGCCUGACCCUCAUCACUGGCCUGGUCGCGUUGCUGGUGGUCCUGAUCUGCAAGAAGAGGCACUGCGGGUACAGCAAGGCUUUCCAGGACUCUGAUGAGGAGAAGAUGCACUAUCAGAAUGGGCAAGUGAAAUUCCCCGAGUCGAAGUUCUACGUGGACCCCCACACAUAUGAGGACCCCUGCCAAGCCGUGCACGAAUUCACCCGUGAAAUUGAGGCUUCCCGGAUCAAGAUUGAGAAAGUCAUUGGGUCUGGGGAGUCUGGAGAGGUGUGCUACGGCCGCCUGAAACUGCCAGGGAAGAGGGAGAUCUCCGUGGCCAUCAAGGCUCUGAAGGCAGGCUACACGGAGAAGCAGCGGCGGGACUUCCUGAGCGAGGCCAGCAUCAUGGCACAGUUCGACCACCCCAACAUCAUCCACCUGGAGGGGGUGGUCACCAGGAGCAAAUUGGUCAUGAUUGUUACUGAAUACAUGGAGAACGGCUCGCUAGACGCCUUUCUCAGGAAACACGACGGGCAGUUCACCAUCAUCCAGCUGGUGGGCAUGUUGCGUGGCAUCGGAGCAGGCAUGAGGUACCUGUCUGACCUGGGCUACGUGCACCGGGACCUGGCUGCCCGCAACAUCCUGGUGAACAGCAACCUGGUCUGCAAGGUGUCUGACUUCGGCCUCUCACGCAUCCUCGAGGAUGACCCUGAUGCUGCAUAUACCACCACGGGGGGCAAGAUCCCCAUCCGCUGGACGGCUCCGGAGGCCAUCGCCUACCGCAAGUUCUCCUCGGCCAGCGACGUCUGGAGCUACGGCAUCGUCAUGUGGGAGGUGCUGGCCUACGGCGAACGCCCCUACUGGAACAUGACCAACCGGGACGUCAUUAAUUCGGUGGAGGAAGGCUACCGCCUGCCCGCCCCGAUGGGCUGCCCCACGGCCCUGCACCAGCUCAUGCUGGACUGCUGGCAGAAGGAGCGCAGCGAGCGGCCCCGCUUCUCCCAGAUCGUCGGCGUCCUGGACAAGCUCAUCCGAAACCCCGACAGCCUCAAGUGCACGGCCACGGUGAACAGGUUCACCCAAACGCCCUUCGACAGGGGUCUCCUCGAUUUCUCCGGCUGCCUGACAGUCGAGGACUGGCUGGACUCCAUCCGGCUGGGGCACUACCGGGACAACUUUGCCAUGGCAGGGUACUCCUCCCUGGGCAUGGUGAUGCGAAUGAACAUCGAGGACAUUCGGAGUCUGGGCAUCACCAUGAUGGGCCACCAGAAGAAGAUCCUGAGCAGUAUCCAGGCCAUGCGGUCCCAGCUGCUGAACACAAAUGGCCCCAGGAGGCAUCUCUGAUCACCGGCUUCGCAGACCCACAUCGGACAUUCCUUAACACUUACCCUGACCUGGGGGCAGCAGGGUGGUGAGCAGGAAAAAGGGGCACCAGACCAGGAUCUGGAACUCCUCCAGCAUCUCUGAUUUGAGCUUCAGUGGAAAUACGGCUUUCCAGUUACCUCGACAAUCCUGCUGCCUCCUUCCCCCAUCUGAAGCGGGGAGCAGACUUCCAAGCAGGCUAGAGACAGGUCCUUCCUCUCUCCAUCCUCUACUGUGUCCCUGUGGGGCCGGGGGUCCCCAUACAGCUGUGCUGGACGGGUGGCAACCCCUUCACACAGCGGGAUGGCCCCAGCAGCACCUGCAGAUGGAGGGGUAGCACUCAUAACAGCAAUACCAGGACCAGCAGGACUGGGCUUGUCACGGGCCCCAGCCCCUGUGGAUCUGACAUGUGGGGAUUUUGGUGGAGCCCGGAGCUGAGGAGAGCCCCACAGACUGCCGUGUGGCCCUGAUCCUUGCAGUUGACUUUGUGUUCCACCUCCACUAAGCCCAGGAGGGCAGGGGAUGGGGUACAAGCUGACAGUGCUAGGAACUGCUUGCGGGCUCUGUGCAGAGCAUCCUUUCCCCCUUUCCCCACACGGGGAAAGAAGUGGCCAGGGUCUGCUCUCUGGAGCCUCAGGAAAUCUCAGGUCCCACAGGAGACUCUCCACCUCGUGAGCACACCAGCACUGCUCUUCUCUGGAUAACAGCACAAGCAUCCCAGGGCAGCCCAGGCAUGCUUUUUAGGGCCACAAGCUCAGGUUUCUCUGCCAUCUCCUCCGGCCUCCCCCAGAGCUGCACCCAGCAGAGUGGGAGAGUUUGUUCCCAUCUCACGUGGUUGGGGGCCGGAGAGGAUUUCUGCCAAACUUUCUUCUUAUAUCACCCUAGAGAAACCCAUGCUACCUGCCUAUACCUGGGGCUGCCAAGUUGUCUGCAGAGUGGGGGUCCAAAGCAAUAUUUCCAGCUGCAGGCACACAGCCCUGUGGCUGGAGAAAGGGGGCUCUGCUCAGCCGUGUCAGGCAGGGCUGGCAGGAUCUCCAGCACUGCCUGGCUGGUAAGCCAGGUGACAGGGAGGUCGGCCUUUCCUCCUCAUCUCUGUCCCCUGCAGGAGCAUCUCUUUGGGUAAGCUUCCCUGGUAUGGAGCAACAGCCUCCAAAGACACGUGGAGCUGGUCUGAGAGCUGAGGUGGAUGCAGUGAUGCAGAUGUGCCAGGGAGGGUGAGCGGGCUUGGGGGCUGGAAGGCUUUCCCGAGUGUAAAUAGGAUUUUCUAUGGGUUGGGGACUGUUUUACUGAAAUCUGAUGUUAUGUACACAAACUGUUUCUCAAAGCACAGAAGCCCCAGACGUGGGGCUG